AGGUGCACCGGAGUGACCCGUACACCGGGUCUCCGAUCUCCGCCUCCGAGCCCUCCCUUAUAGGGGCCGCCCGGGACUGCCGGCGCAGACGCCGCGCAGACGCCCCGUGCCCGCCGCCCGCCCGGGAGCCGCAGCACAGCUAAAAGGAAAAUGAUGAAAAUGUUACCUUUUUUCCAAGAUGGUCCCAUUGGAAUGUGCAGUGGAUCAGAGGGUUGCAUUGGUGAAAACAAUCAGCUUGAAAACCCUUCGACAUCAGUAGCUAAGCAAAUCCCUGCCUGUCCUGAACCUUCUGGAGACAACAUCUGGUCCAGGGACCAGGAGAAGAUGAGCGAAAAGCCAGAGGGAGCCUACAGAUCCUCACGUGCAUCUUCCAUUGCGAGCAAUGGGAGCUGCACCUCUGCUGGCGACAGUCCUGAAAAGGGGAAGAAAGGAAUAAAGGAAAUCUUUACAAAUGCAUUUAAGAAAAUUAAAAAGAUCAAGACACCCAGUGUCAAAAAAAUCAUGGAUCUCCUCGAAGAGCAGAAGUUUUGCGAAGCCACUCAGCAUCUGAUUGUGCUGCAGAAGAGCCUGUCCAGCAAAAGUGAGGAGGGACUGAGCACCAGCCAGCAAGAUGUCGAGUCCAUCUACGAAGUUCUGAAUUAUAAAGUCUUCAGCAUCUUGAAAGACUCCAUACUGCUAGCAAAAACAAACCCAGAACUGCUGCAGCAGGCAGUAGAGGCACUGAAAGAGCAGGAGAAAGAAGAUCAGAACUACACAUCAGAGAAUCCACCUGACCAAAACAUGCCAUUUAGACCUAGAAAAUGGAAAGAGCUUUGGAUGGCUGCAGUAAAGGAGUCAGUAGAGACUCGAAUGAAAGACACAAGCCGUACUCCUAGAACUGAGAACCUCUCUGCAGUUGGCCAGAAUCUCCUGCAUAUGGGAAAGACAAUGAAAGAAGAUUUGAUAGUGGUUGUGAAGUACAUAAAACAGCUUUAUCCUCCUGAGUUUAAUGUGUUCAGCAUAUAUGCAGAACUCUACCACAAUUAUUUUGCCUCCCAGACAAAAAAAAGUGCGGAAUCUCAUCUGGAAGACAAGGACGUUUAUCUUCUCCUGUCAUGGGUGCACAAUUUUUAUCCAAAAGAUAUGAGAAAAGAUCAUGUUUUAGCCAAGGAGUUGGAAAAAGUUCAGCUUGGAAGCCUCUUACCAUCAAGUCUGAGCAAAGAGCUUGAAAAGAAAUACCUUGACAGAGAAGAGGCUACUAUCAAAAAUUUGCUGAGCAGAUGUUUAGAUAAAGAAAUCCAAAGGUGGAAAGAAGAAGAAGAACCAGAGAAAUUUAAUGGGCAUUUUCAGAGUGAACUACUAGGAAUAUUUGUCAUCCAGAGUAUCUACAGUGGCCAGAAGCGAGCUAAGGACAUCAACGCAGCAGUGGGAGAGGAGCUGUCACAUCGCCUGUGGAAGGAGCUGCCUGCCUUCCUGAAAAGCUACAAGGAUGCUUUUGAAGAUUUUAAGGAGAAAAGCAAGAAGCACAGAUACUACAAGCCUAUACUGAUUGCAAGUGUUAACAACUGCUGGAAUUUUAGAGACUACACGGAGAAAAACGUGUCAGAAAAGGAUGACAGUAGAGCCAAUAUCCUCAGCACGCUCAGUGACAUUGAAAACAGUGGCUUUGACGUGCUGCUUCAGCAGCUGUUUGUCCAGCUGAAGCCAAUUUAUAAGAAGUUUACAGAAAAUAAGUGGGACUCCAGCAAUGAAAUUAUGAAUGAGAUCAUUAAAACCACCAGCAAACAUAUUUCAGACUUCAAGACCCUAAAGGACCCUUUCUACCACGCUAUCAUCGAGAAGGUCCAUGCCCACUUGGUUAAAGCAUACAUUGUGAGGCUGCUGAAGAGGAAAGUCAGCCUGAAAGGCACAGCACAACAGCAAAACUUGGCCCAACACAUCUCCAAGAAUGCUGCUGACCUGGAAGCCUUCUGCACCAGCAAUGGCUCUCAAGCCACGUGGCUGAAUUCAGCACUCCCCAGACUGGCUGAAAUAAUCCGACUUCAGGAUUUAGGUGCUAUUAAAAUUGAAGUUGCGACACUCGCCAGCACGUACCCAGAUAUCCGCAAAAGGCACCUGGAAGCAUUCCUGUACAUCAAAGCCAACUUGUCUCGCAGUGAACUCAAAAGCAUCCUGGGCUACUUGGCAGACAGCACGGCAUCCCUGCUGCCCAAGGCCCCCCUCUUCUCCGACAUAAACGUGUCCUAGACCAAGGCACUCCUUGGCACCCCUUGUGCUGGACUGUUGGCUGAGCCAGGGAUGGAGACUGUCCCCUGGGGUGAUGCACAGGGCACACUGCCACCUUUUCCUACGGAAAGUGCCAUGUCCUUAUCUGCUGCUCAGCACUUGCAUGGGAAUCACUGUCCCCAUGCGGGGCCCAGAAGAGGAUGCACCUGCAGGAGGAGCAGUGCCCACAAGAAGCAGGGCUGCCCCUUGCACCAGUCAUGGACUCCACCAAGGACUCCCUGGUGCAACCAUGUUCUCUGUCUGGACACUGCUCUGGUGCUCUGACCUCUGUCUACCUCACAGGGUCUGUGAAGGCCAUGUUGCUGGCUCCUCAGCUAACCCAGACCAAGCAGGCACCUCCUAUGUAGCUUUUUAUAUUUGAAGGGAACAGAGGGAA